AUGGGAUCUCAAUCUGAUCUUGAUUUUCCCGAAUUACCUGAAGAAAGUGAGUUUGGACUGGAACUAGAAGCACGGGAAGUACCAGAACCGGGAAUAGAUUCCUUCUUAGUACACACACAAGGCUACACUGUCGUUAGUUACAACGAAGACGGCAAUUUCUUACUUACAGCUGGAGCAGAUGGAGCAAUUCGAUUCUUUCUUGUCUUGGCCAACGGGAAUAUAGAUGAUAGACCCAUUAACAUUAUUCAUCAUACUAAGGGCAUUCGCUGCAUUGGGAUAAACGUUAAUGGAAAGCUUGUUACUGCAUCGGAAGACAAGACCGUCGCGCUGUUUAGUCUGACAACCAAGAAAUUUGAAUCAUUACUGUAUCGCUGUACGUUGCCUGCAAGACAUGUUUCGUUUAAUACGGAUGGCUUACGAGUAGCCGUGGCUUCAGACGAUUCGACCAUCCAGAUAGUCAACACGGUAAACAUUAGUGAUGUGGUUGUAGUCAAAGGACAUACGAAUUCUGUAAGGUGUGUCGAGUUUGAUCCAGAUGGAGAGUUCUUGGUCUCUUCUAGUUGUGACGGGACUAUUCGAGUAUGGGACAUGCGAUACGGUGAGCCUCGUUUCAUUAAGCAUUUUUUGGGCAUAAUUCCGCACACAGAUCCAGGCGACCCGCAGACGUGUCAGAUAGCGUGGCAUCCGUCAGGGAAAUGUUUUGCUGUUCCAGGAGAUGAUAAAGACGUCGUCAUUGUCAAUAAGAAUACUUGGAAAUAUAAUAUAAUGUUCAAAGAUCAACAUAAACAGGUAUAUGAUUUAAGCACUCAAUAUAUGCGUCCUUCAAUGGUCACCGAAUGGACGAUAUUUGGCCACAGCGGGUUUGGACUGUUACAUAAUGAUCUGGAAUUUAAUAAAGAGGAAGUCUUCAUGGAAGUGGACGUGCAAGGAACUUUAUAUUUCUGGGAGCCAUUUGAUUUUGACGAUAUUGAAAAUGAAGGAAGUGUCACAAUGGAGGAAGAUGAUGUUGUACUGGAUCGUAUAUUCAACAUCAGCAUUGAUGAUGCAGAGUGCGAAGACGCAGACAAAAAUGCUCCACGCAGAAGCAACAGGCUCAAGUAUGAUUACAAAGAUGAUUACUUUGAUCUGGAUGAUUUUGUUGAGGAUGACGAUGGUGCAGGGUAUGUGCCUAAAAAGCCUGCGUAUGCAAUGGAUAGGAAAUCUAAUGUCGACAUCAGUACACCCCAGAAACCAUUUCAGCCAGGAUCGACGCCGGAGAAGGAAAAAUCACGCUAUCUUGUAUUCAACUUGAUAGGAUGCAUUACAACACUCGAUCAAGGAACACAUUCGACAGUAAGUGUUGAAUACUUGGACAAAUCAGUAUGUCGACCGUACCAUUUCACUGACUUGUACAACUUUUCUAUGGGUUGCUUGGGUAGGCAAGGAGCAGCAUUUGCGGCCGAGUCAAGUACUGGUGGUCCAAGUGUGAUCUCAUUCCAACCAGAAACACGGAAUUCACGAGGCGAAUGGACAUUAGAACUUCCAUCAGGAGAAUGCGUGACGGCUUUGGCCUUGAGUGGCAAAGGUCCGAUUGCGGCUACCUCGAAGAACUAUAUACGAUUUUUUUCAAGUGGAGGAGUUCAGACAAAAGUCUUUUCUCUACCAUCGAUCGUAUGCAUGACAGCCAAUGAUGAAUUUGCCAUGUUUAUUUACCAUGUAGGCCCAGGACUGAAAGGAUCACAAAACCUGGGAUAUAUAUUGUAUAAUAUUGAAUCGCAUGAUUUUAUUCAAGACGGCCACUUGCCAUUAUCAACCGGAGCAGUUUUGAAUUGGCUGGACUUUUCACAAGAUGGAUUACCGGCCAUUUACGAUUCAAAAGGAGUUCUGAGCAUUCUUCAUCGUCAUCGUGAGCCUCGUCAGGCACGCUGGAUACCAAUAUUGGAUACAUCUACGAUACCAAAAGAAGAAGGAAAGACAGUAACGUAUUGGCCUGUCGGAAUACUUGACAUGGAAUUAAUGUGUGUAAAAUGCAAGGAUGGACAGGAGCAUCCUUCGCUCCCAAGACCACCAAUAGAUGAAGUUAGCUUCCAGAUGCCGUUACUACAAAUUGACAAACCUAUCGGCCAAUUUGAAGAGAAGUAUAUGCGCAUGAACACUUUGAUAGACUAUGAACAGCAGGAAGCAGAAGCUAGAAAUGAGUACCGACGAAGACAACUCGAGUUCCGUAAGAAGUACACUGAGAUCGAUAAAAUUUUACUACAGCUUAUUCAGAUGGCAUGCAAAGCGGAAAAGAUAGAGCGCGCCUAUGAUUUAGCGACAUUGUUGAACUCACCGGCAACAAUAGAAGCUGCUAUAAAGAUUGCUCAGCAUAAUAACUAUGCGAAACUGGCAGAGAGAAUAAAUGCAUUGAAUAAGGCAUAUCGCACAGAAGAAAGCAGACAACCUCCAUUAAAAAUCACAUCACGGCAGCGUAUACCGUUACAGCCGCCACUGCAACAACCAGAAGUGCAAGUAACUACAAAUACAUCAUCACUCACUGUACAGGAUAGCCCGCAAAUGUCGCCUCAGCAUGAAAAAUCAACAGAAGAUGGUGACGUUGACGUCAUGAUGGGGGAUGAAGCAACAACAACGCGGCAUAACGAUGCGCCCAACCAAACCGUAAAGCGACACGCUGAAGAGAUGGAUGUGAAUGAGGAAAAUAACCACAUAGAGGAAGCACCGAUAUUCAAGAAAGCUAAUUUAACGCAUAAGGCGGACCCUUCGCAUAGAAAAAAUCCGUUUCUAAGGAAGCCAAGUGGACAAACAAAGGCACCCGGACUGCUUAAGACACUGGGUGACAAAUUGUAA